UCAGUGUCAUAUUUUCUGUAUUUUUCACAAUAAAAAUGGUGUCUUGGAGUGCUUUAGGCCGUUCUUUCGGCAUAAGUUUACUAAAAAAUAGCAAUAAACCAUCACUAGUUGUACAAAAUGUGAAGUUUUCUAUCGGCAAACCCCUCAAUGGGGGCCAUGACCGCACCAUGGCUAUGCAGCCAUCAAGAUUCCAAUGGCACAAGUGCAAGGACAUGCUCCACUACUACUUUAUGAUCGGUUUGAUACCGGUUUCGGCGAUCAUUUUCUACUCAAAUGUGUUUAUCGGGCCCGCAACAUUGACACCUAUUCCUGACGACUACGAACCUAAACAUUGGGAAUACUAUCGCCAUCCCAUCACCAGGUUUAUUGCCAGAUACAUUCACAACAAUCCACAACAGGAGUAUGAAAAAUUCCUGCACUUCAUUGAUGAGGAGAAGCAGAAGAUGAAGCUGCGUGGUCUCGAAGAGCAGGUUAUAUUGAAGAUGAACCAGAGACAAGACUACCAGGCAUACUACUACAGACCCAUGGUCAACAAGUACCUCCGCAUCAACAAAAAGACCGGUGAUGAAAUGUACAAUAGAGUAGGAGACACUUACAGGGAUUGAGAGUAAUGCCGGUAAUAGUGAUCAAAUGUUAUGUAGAUAUAAAUAAAGAGUUAUGAUUA